AUGGCCUCCGCACCGCGAAAGCCCCGACACAUCACAGUCAACUGGAUCACAGCUGUCGGUCACGGUUGGACCCUCUCGCAACUUCUGCAAAACUACAGCUACCGAACGAGUUUUUACACAGAGUACAAUGCACUGGCGGAGUAUGGCUGGCACACGUAUGAGGAGUCCACCUCACGAGACGUCGGAGGCGAGUUGCGGGAGAUUGCUGCGCAGCUUCGGGAGUGUGGGGUGACGAUCUCAGACCAGCCCGACGACUACGUUGAGCAUAAAGCCUUGCACAGCAAUGACUAUAAUAUUACCUAUCCGGCAGUCCGUGGCGCCGAACCGAAGACAGUUAGACAGCGUAGUCGCGUCCGUGAGCUCACAUUGCUCGAUCUGAAUCAGGAAGCCUCCCACGCGAUCUAUGAGACCAACGUCGAUAAAACCAAUGGCGUGAUAUUCGCUAAGCGAAUGCAGUCUCCACGGUAUCGCAUCGACAAAGGAAGGGAGCAAGUAGCCAUGCACAAAGGCGAGCACUGGAAUCCGGAUGUCCCUCCACUGAAUCAGUGGUCCGAUGUCGCGUUUCUGCAGUGGAAGAAAACCGUCGGCUUCCAGCUACACGGUUUGAAUGUCGUCUUCCAUCACAUUAUUGAUAAUGAUAUCACAGACAGAAUUCUCACCCAUAUAAUUGGUCACAACUGGAACGGUCAGCCGGUUGUCGUUACUCCGAGGGGGGAUGACGAAGAGACUUUCCUGGCGAUUUUAGGAACUCCCCAUGGGAAAUCGACAUGCUAUCUGCUGGAGCAGCACUCUCAGGAUCUGGGAAGGAAGGCGGUGACGAAAAUAGUCAUAUUGCAGAGCCGCGCCUUGAGGCGAGAUGGGACCAACUUGUACCAUUUAGCGAUGGUGCUGGGAGACUUGGGGGAUAAUUACCUCAGCUAA